CUCGCACCCACGCUGCUCCACCAUAAAUACACCCGCUUUGCGAUCUCUCAACCCCAUCAACGUCUCUUCAUUUCCAUUAUGUCUCAAGUCACCUUAUACUCUAAUCCCACCCCCAACGGUGUACCCGUUUCCAUCUUUCUAGAGGAGCUCGGGGUCCCCUAUGAAGCCAUCAGAAUGUCUAUUUCAGACAACGACAUUGGGAAAGUUGACAAACAGGUGAAAUCGCCUUGGUUCUUGGAAAUCAACCCCAACGGCCGUAUUCCUGCCAUUACCCACAACGGAUUCAACGUCUUCGAGACAAGUGCCAUCCUUCUUUAUCUUCAGGCCGAGUUCGAUAAGGAGAACAAGUUCGGAUUUAGUCCUACCAAGGACCCGAAGGAGUACAGUCAGGUGUUACAAUGGUUGUUUUUUGCACACGGAGGUGUAGGCCCUAUGCAAGGUCAAGCUAAUCACUUCAAUUUGUAUGCACCGGAGAAGAUCCCAUACGCUCAGAACCGUUACCUCAAUGAAACCAAGAGGCUUUAUUCCGUACUCGAGUCUCGUUUAUCGAAACACAAGUAUCUGGUCGGUGAAAAGUAUACGAUCGCUGAUAUCAAGACCCACGGAUGGAUACGUCGCGCCUCAGUUCUCGGAAUUGACGUGAGCGAGUGGCCUGGUCUGAAGGAUUGGUUGGAUCGGAUUGAAAGUCGCCCUGCGGUUAAGAAAGGCGUAACGGUGCCCGCCGCUGAACCGGCCCAGUGAAAGAAUAGAGCUGUACGAGUAGUGACUAGUGAGAGUUCAAUGUAAAUUUGAUCGUGGCGCGUCGGGAGAAUUCAGCUGAAAUGCUUUGAGCGAUACCUGCA